AUGGCGAUAGUAAAAAGAGGUGGUCGUACAAAGGCUAAGCAGCAACAGGCACCUGCAAAAGUGAAUGGCCUGAGCGGAGGAGGAAUUAAAAAGGCGGAAUUUGACGUCACCAAGAAGAAGGAGGUUGGUGUGUCGGAUUUGACGCUUUUGUCCAAGAUAACCGAUGAAGCAAUCAACGAGAAUUUACACAAGAGGUUUAUGAAUGACACGAUAUAUACUUAUAUCGGUCAUGUGUUGAUUUCAGUCAAUCCGUUUCGUGAUCUUGGAAUAUACACUUUGGAGACGUUGAACAAGUACAAGGGAAGAAACAGGUUGGAAGUUCCGCCACAUGUUUUCGCCAUUGCCGAGUCUAUGUAUUACCAUUUGAAGUCAUAUGGAGAAAACCAGUGUGUAAUCAUUUCUGGUGAAUCAGGAGCAGGUAAAACCGAGGCAGCAAAGCAAAUUAUGCAAUAUAUUGCCAAUGUGUCGGUUGAUACUGACAAUGCCGAGAUUUCAAAGAUUAAGGAUAUGGUAUUGGCCACAAAUCCACUUUUGGAGUCAUUUGGAUGUGCCAAAACUUUGAGAAAUAAUAACUCUAGUAGACAUGGUAAGUACCUUGAGAUAAAAUUUAGCGAAGGCAAUUACCUGCCAGUGGCUGCUCAUAUCACAAACUAUCUUUUGGAAAAGCAAAGAGUCGUUUCUCAAAUAACUAAUGAAAGGAAUUUUCACAUUUUUUACCAAUUCACAAAACAUUGUCCUCCUCAAUAUCAACAACAGUUUGGAAUACAGGGCCCCGAGACUUAUGUCUACACUUCUGCAGCUAAAUGUAUUACCGUAGAUGGUAUUGAUGACGGAAAGGAUUUUAAGGACACUUUAAACGCAAUGAACAUCAUUGGUUUAACUCAAGCAGAGCAAGAUAACAUAUUCAGAAUGUUGGCCCUGAUAUUAUGGAUCGGUAACAUUUCCUUUGUGGAAGAUGAAAGUGGUAAUGCAGCAAUCCGUGAUGACAGUGUGACCAAUUUCGUUGCUUAUCUCUUGGAUGUUAACCCUGAAAUACUAAAGAAAGCGCUUACCGAAAGGACUAUAGAAACCUCGCAUGGAAUGAAGAGAGGAUCCACAUACCACGUUCCAUUGAACAUUGUGCAAGCCACUGCCGUGCGAGAUGCUUUGGCAAAAGGUAUCUACAACAACUUAUUUGACUGGAUUGUCGAAAGAGUGAAUUUAUCAUUAGGUGGUAAGCAAUAUCAAUCAAACAAAUCGAUUGGUAUCCUUGAUAUUUAUGGGUUUGAGAUUUUCGAGCAUAAUUCGUUUGAACAAGUUUGUAUCAACUAUGUGAAUGAGAAGUUGCAACAAAUUUUCAUUCAAUUGACAUUAAAGGCUGAGCAAGAUGAGUAUGUUCAGGAACAGAUCAAAUGGACUCCUAUUGAUUAUUUCAACAAUAAGGUUGUUUGUGAUUUGAUUGAAGCUACCAGGCCACAACCAGGGUUAUUUGCAGCUUUGAAUGAUUCGAUCAAGACUGCACAUGCAGACUCAGAGGCUGCUGAUCAAGUGUUUGCCCAAAGAUUGAGUAUGGUUGGUGCUAAUAAUCGUCAUUUUGAAGAUAGGAGGGGUAAAUUCAUCAUCAAGCAUUAUGCAGGUGACGUUACAUACGAUGUGGCAGGAAUGACUGAUAAAAACAAAGAUGGUAUAUUGCGCGAUCUUUUGGAGUUAUUGGGAACAUCUUCGAACCCAUUUGUCAAUGAAACGUUGUUCCCACCAGAUUUAUUGAAUGCUUUGAUCGAUACCAAGAAGAGACCGCCAACUGCAUCAGACAAGAUCAAGACCAGUGCAAAUGCUUUGGUUGAUACGUUGUCCCAGUGUACUCCUUCUUAUAUAAGAACCAUUAAACCCAACCAAACUAAGAAGCCUCGCGAUUAUGACAACCAACAAGUGUUGCACCAAAUAAAGUACUUGGGUCUUAAGGAGAACGUUCGUAUUAGAAGAGCAGGAUUUGCUUACCGUUCUACUUUCCAAAGAUUUGUUCAAAGGUUCUAUUUGUUGUCACCCGCCACAGGUUAUGCUGGUGACUAUAUAUGGCAUGGCGAUGAUCUUACUGCUGUGAAGGAGAUCUUGCGUUCGUGUCAUAUUCCUCAGUCUGAAUACCAGCUUGGUACAACGAAAGUUUUUAUAAAAACCCCGGAAACAUUAUUUGCUUUGGAAGAUAUGAGGGAUAAGUAUUGGCACAAUAUGGCCGCCAGAAUCCAAAGAGCUUGGAGAAGAUACAUCAAACGCAAAGAUGAUGCUGCCAAAGUUAUCCAAAACGCAUGGAGAAUGAAAACACAUGGAAACCAAUUUGAGCAAUUACGAGACUAUGGUAAUGGCUUGUUGCAGGGUAGAAAAGAAAGAAGAAGACUAUCCAUGCUUGGAUCACGUGCGUUCAUGGGAGAUUACUUAGGGUGCAACGAUAAAAGUGGAUAUGGAAGAUUUGUUGUUAAUCAAACGGGAAUCACUGAUCGUGUGGUAUUUUCUGGAAAGGGAGAAAUAUUGUUGUCGAAAUUUGGAAGGUCUUCAAAGAGGUUGCCUCGUAUUUUUAUACUAAGCAAAACAAGUUUGUACGUCGUGGCUGAAGCUUUGGUAGAAAAGCGAUUGCAAUUGCAAAAGGAAUAUGUCAUUCCUAUCAACUCCAUCAAGAAUGUUGGGUUAUCGACCAACCAGGACAAUUGGGUUGCCAUUUGUUUACACACCCCAACAGCCAUGAUUCCUGAUCUUUUCAUAAACUUGGAUCUCAAAACUGAAUUUAUCACACACUUAAAAAAAUUAAACCCUGGAUUGUCAAUCAUUAUUGGUCCAACUAUACAGUAUCAAAAGAAGCCUGGAAAGUAUCACACAGUCAAAUCCGUGGUUGGAUCUGGACCACAGAUUCCUCUCAGAAGUGAUCUUUACAAAUCAGGAACAAUCACAGUCAACCAGGGUCUUCCAGCAAGUAGCAAGAAUCCAAAACGUCCUAGGGCAGUCUCAGGAAAAGUUGACUAUAGUAAAUAUUACAAUAGGGGUACCAGAAACGGAACUUCUAGCUAUCAAUCAAGACCAGCAGCUACCAGACCAGCACAGCCUUCAUAUUCUCAACCCGCACCUGCACUCGCACAGCAACACUACCAACCUUCGGCACCGCAACCAUCAUCUCGUCCAGCUUCUCAACCAGCCACUCAUUCAAGAAACCAAUCACAUGAUGGUACUUCUUUGCAAGUGGCUGCAGCUCAAGCCGCUUUAGGUCAAGGAAGCGGCUUCAACAAUAGAGCACAACCAGUCCAACCCACGUCUCCAAGGAGGCCAGUCGCUCCUUCAAAACCCGCCAAGAAAGCUGCUCCUCCACCACCAGUAAAGAAGGCGACGUCUCCUCAACCGAAAAGGAAUGUUGCAUCACCUCCACCGCCACCACCACCCCCAGCGUUAUCGAAACCCAAGUUUCCUACUUACAAAGCCAUGUAUGAUUAUGAUGGUUCGGUAGCGGGCUCCGUUGCAUUGACCAAAGAUACAAUUUAUUACGUGACUCAAAUCAAUGGCAAAUGGGGAUUGGUCAAGACGAUGGACGAGUCUGAGGAGGGCUGGUCGCCAAUUGAUUACUUGCAAGAAUGUUCACCAAAUGCAAACAAUGUCUACUCAAACGCUGGUGUAUCAGUUCCUUCGAACCCAGUGAGUACUGCUAGCUCCAAUACUAAUACUACUCAAGCCACAACAGCACUGAGUGGUAGCUUGGGAAAUGGGUUAGCCGAUGCAUUGAAAGCUAAAAAGACGGAAGAGACAACAUUGGCAGGCUCGCUUGCUGAUGCAUUGAAGAAAAGACAAGGUGCUACCAGAGAUGAUAGUGAUGUAGAGGAUGCUGAUGACGAUGAUUGGUAG